AGUGGUGAAUUGAAAGCCAAGUAGUCAGCGUCAGCCGUCGGGUAAACGGUGGAUUAUACGAUUCUCCAAGUCAGCAAAGUCAGUCGGCAGCAGUUGUCUCCGAACCCUCGAAUCGGCUGGACGUGAAAACACAAAUUCAGUUCGUGUCAAGAUUCGUGUCAAGUUUAUUUAUUUCCCCUCUCCCCCCCGCGGACCCCUGUUUUUUUCCUAAAUCCGAAUUUUUUUGUUUUUGAAUUAUUCAAAAGUGAUCAAAAUAAAAAAAAAAAAGAAAAAUUCAUUGCUCUUUGUUUUUUUAUUUGUAAACGAAAAAUUUAAUUUCAUCCUCGACGACUUUUUCGUUUAUUAAAAAAGAAAAAUACCCGAGUCGUCGAGGAUCAUCAGAAGAAAAAAACUAGAGGAUUUUCUUUGUUUCAAACACACAUUUGUUUUUUGCGAUUGUUUCUUUAUUUGGGGGGUUUUUUUUGAAAAAGGAGAAAAUUAUUUCGCGGUAAGAAAAAAAAAAUUUUUUUUUAUUAAAAACUGUGAUAUUUUUGAAAGUUUUGCGGCAGAGGAGUUUUGAGUGACCUCUGCUUGCGCCGAGAAGAAGACGGGAGGACGAGUCGUUGGACCAAGGGAGUCGAGAAUAUCCGUUACGACGUAGCCGACUCGUACGAUGGUGACAACACAGAAUGACAACGAGAGAAAUGUUGGCGGUGGUGAUGGAGGUGGGGGUGGUGGCGGGGGUGGUGGUGGUGAUGAAAAGAACACAACAGUGUUUACAGUUUCUGUGAGUGGUGUUGGCUAUAGAAAUGAGGGUUUCAAGGACGAUGGUACGAUGGACGGUAUACCGCCAGAGCCAAGAAAACCACCGCAAUUACCCGCGAGUGAUGACGAUACACAAUCGAGAAAAUUUAAAUUGUCGCGCAGCGAAAAAUGGCGUAUCCUCAAAAAUAUUGGCACAGUGUCGAUAGCAUUUAUGGUGCAAUUCACUGCAUUUCAAGGCACAGCGAAUUUACAAUCGUCAAUUAAUGCUAAAGAGGGCCUCGGCACAGUAUCAUUGUCAGCAAUUUACGCUGCACUUGUACUCUCGUGUAUUUUUAUACCGACAUUUGUGAUAAAGCGACUCACUGUUAAAUGGACAUUGUGCGUUUCAAUGUUGUGUUAUGCGCCAUAUAUUGGCUCACAAUUUUAUCCACGUUUUUAUACAUUGGUACCAGCUGGCGUACUAUUGGGCCUUGGCGCCGCUCCAAUGUGGGCGGCAAAAGCGACCUACCUCACUCAAGUUGGCGGUGUUUACGCGAAACUCACCGAUCAACCCGCCGACGCUAUUGUUGUUCGAUUCUUUGGAUUUUUCUUUCUCGCUUGGCAAACGGCGGAACUCUGGGGAAAUCUUGUAUCCUCUCUCGUUUUAAGUGGAGGCGAAUUCGGAGGUGGAAACAGCUCUGUCAGUAAUGACAAUGCAAAAGUGAAAUUAUGUGGAGCGGAUUUCUGUGUUCAUGCAAACGGUGCACACGAGAGCUUGGACAGACCACAAGAUUCGGAGAUUUAUGAAAUCUCAGCAAUUUAUUUAUCUUGUGUGUUGGUCGCCGUUAUGAUUGUCGCACUCUUCGUGGAUCCACUCUCCAGGUACGGGGAGAAACAGCGUAAGGCUGACAGUCAAGAUUUGAGUGGAAUUCAACUAUUGUCUGCAACGGCUUAUCAGCUGAAAAAACCUUAUCAACAAUUAUUAAUUCCCAUCACUGUGUGGAUUGGCAUGGAGCAGGCCUUCAUUGGAGCCGAUUUUACACAGGCUUACAUUUCGUGCGCAUUGGGAGUUCAUAAAGUCGGCUAUGUGAUGAUCUGUUUCGGUGUAGUGAAUGCUGGAUGUUCAUUACUUUUCGGAUCGAUUAUGAAAUUUAUUGGCCGUCAGCCAGUCAUGGCUCUUGGUGCCAUUGUUCAUGCAUCACUAAUUGCAGUUCUUCUCACCUGGAAGCCGCAUCCCGAUAAUCCUUAUAUUUUUUACACAAUAUCUGGACUCUGGGGCGUUGGUGAUGCCGUUUGGCAAACGCAAGUCAAUGGACUCUAUGGAACGCUCUUCAGGCGCAAUAAAGAGGCGGCAUUUUCGAAUUAUCGACUAUGGGAGAGUGCAGGUUUUGUCGUUGCCUACGCCUACAGUACACAUCUUUGUGCAAGAAUGAAACUCUAUGCCUUAAUGUUCGUUCUCAUUAUUGGUACAGCGGGCUAUUUGGUCGUUGAAAUUUUACACUGGCGCAAACAAAAAAGGCUCAAGGCCAUUGCUGAGGAUCCAAAAGCAGCACAAGCGGACGCCAAUCAACCCGAAGAAACCGAUGAUGAAAAGGACGAUAUUGACGACGACAUCAUCAUCACUCAUCUCUGAAUAACAGCAAAGAAAAAAAAAUCAAGAAAAACCAAGCAACAUAAU